ACCAACAAAUAUAUCUACUCGAUCUCCAGCUAAUACGCAGAGUCUACACUCCACAACACCCCUUUCAUAUAUAGCUAGCUGUAUAUUUAUUGGCAACCAAAGUACAAGGAGAGAGAGAGUGUGCGUAUUGUCGGCAUUGCUGCUGAUCUUUCAUUUUCUUGAUAUUUUUGGCUUCUGGGUGUCUCUCUUUAUCUCAUUUCUCCAGUGGAUCCAAGGAUCUUGGGUUGGGAUUCUUGAUUUAUCGGAUCUUGAGAUCUGAUCUGUAAUUUGGGCAUGUUGGUUGGGGACUUAUCUGGCUGAGACUGGUAUCUGAUUGCAAAUCCAUUGUUUACAUCCAAGUAGACUGACAAUGGAUCCAGAAGGUGAUGUUAAGGGUAAGUCUUUGAAGACCAUAGGAGGUCAAGUCUGUCAGAUCUGUGGUGAUGGUGUUGGCACUACUGUGAAUGGCGAGCCAUUUGUUGCUUGCGAUGUCUGUGCAUUCCCUGUUUGUAGGCCAUGCUAUGAAUACGAGAGGAAGGACGGGAAUCAAUCUUGUCCACAGUGCAAGACCAGAUACAAGAGACAUAAAGGAAGUCCUGCUAUUAGUGGUGAAAGUGUAGAAGAUGCUGAUGCUGAUGAUGGUGCCAGUGAUCUUAAUUACUCUUCUGAAAAUCGGAAUGAGAAGCAAAAAGUGGCUGACCGUAUGUUGAGCUGGCACGGGACUUACGGGCGGGGUGAGGAGACUGGUGCUCCAAAGUAUGAUAAAGAUGUCUCCCACAACCAUAUUCCUCUGCUUACAAAUGGGACAGAUGUUUCUGGAGAACUGUCUGCAGCAUCACCCGAACGCUACUCAAUGGCAUCUCCUGGACCUGCCGGUGGUGCAAAACACAUCCAUCCACUCACAUAUUCAACAGAUGCUAACCAAUCACCUAACAUCAGAGUUGUGGAUCCAGUAAGGGAAUUUGGAUCCCCUGGACUUGGCAAUGUUGCUUGGAAAGAAAGAGUUGAUGGCUGGAAAAUGAAGCAAGAUAAGAAUGUUGUGCCAAUGACCACUAGCCAUCCUCCUUCGGAACGAGGAGUUGGAGAUAUUGAUGCUAGUACUGAUAUUCUAGUGGAUGACUCUUUACUCAAUGAUGAGGCUAGGCAACCUCUUUCAAGGAAGGUGUCUAUUCCAUCAUCUAGGAUAAAUCCUUACAGGAUGGUUAUUGUCCUCCGGCUUGUCAUUCUUUGUAUUUUCUUGCACUAUCGCAUAACGAAUCCGGUGCCCAAUGCAUUUCCGUUAUGGUUGUUAUCUGUAAUAUGUGAGAUUUGGUUUGCAAUAUCUUGGAUUUUGGAUCAGUUCCCCAAGUGGCUUCCAGUCAACCGUGAAACAUAUCUUGAUAGGCUUGCGCUUAGGUAUGAUCGUGAAGGAGAGCCAUCACAGUUAGCUGCUGUUGACAUAUUUGUUAGUACUGUGGAUCCUUUGAAGGAGCCUCCUCUUGUUACAGCAAAUACUGUCCUGUCCAUUCUUGCAGUUGACUAUCCUGUUGAUAAAGUGUCCUGUUAUGUGUCUGAUGAUGGUGCUGCCAUGUUGACUUUUGAAGCACUAUCUGAGACGGCAGAGUUUGCUAGGAAAUGGGUUCCUUUCUCUAAGAAGUACAGCAUAGAACCACGAGCUCCAGAGUGGUACUUCUCUCAGAAGGUUGACUACUUGAAGGAUAAAGUUCAACCAUCAUUUGUAAAAGAUCGUCGGGCUAUGAAGAGGGAGUAUGAAGAGUUCAAAAUUCGCAUCAAUGCCCUUGUUGCAAAAGCUCAAAAGGUCCCUGAAGAAGGAUGGAUAAUGCAGGAUGGUACACCAUGGCCUGGAAAUAACACCAGGGAUCAUCCUGGGAUGAUUCAGGUUUUCUUGGGACAAAGUGGAGGGCUUGACAGUGAUGGAAAUGAGUUGCCUCGUUUAGUGUAUGUUUCUCGUGAGAAGCGUCCUGGCUUCCAACAUCACAAAAAGGCUGGUGCCAUGAAUGCACUGGUUCGCGUGUCAGCUGUUCUUACAAAUGGACCUUUUAUGUUGAAUCUUGAUUGUGAUCACUACAUAAACAACAGCAAGGCACUGAGAGAAGCAAUGUGCUUUUUAAUGGAUCCUAACCUUGGAAAAUACGUCUGCUAUGUUCAAUUUCCUCAGAGAUUUGAUGGUAUUGAUAGGAACGAUCGAUAUGCCAACAGGAAUACAGUGUUUUUCGAUAUUAACUUGAGAGGUUUGGAUGGUAUUCAAGGCCCAGUGUAUGUGGGUACUGGAUGUGUCUUUAAUAGAACAGCUUUAUAUGGUUAUGAACCUCCUAUUAAGCCAAAGCAUAAGAAGACAGGGUUCUUUUCUUCCUGCUUUGGUGGAUCAAGAAAGAAGAGUUCUAAAUCAAGUAAAAAGGGCUCAGACAAGAAGAAAUCUAGUAAGCAUGCUGAUCCUACUGUGCCAAUAUUCAAUCUGGAGGAUAUAGAGGAGGGAGUUGAAGGUGCUGGAUUUGACGACGAGAAGUCACUUCUCAUGUCACAAAUGAGCCUUGAGAAGAGAUUUGGACAGUCUGCUGUUUUUGUUGCUUCGACACUCAUGGAGAAUGGCGGUGUUCCUCAAUCUGCUACCCCAGAGACCCUUCUGAAAGAGGCUAUUCAUGUUAUUAGUUGUGGUUAUGAAGACAAAUCAGAAUGGGGAAGUGAGAUUGGAUGGAUCUAUGGUUCUGUCACAGAAGAUAUUCUUACUGGAUUUAAGAUGCAUGCCCGUGGUUGGCGAUCCAUAUACUGUAUGCCCAAGAGACCCGCCUUCAAAGGGUCAGCUCCUAUUAAUCUUUCAGAUCGUCUGAACCAAGUGCUUCGAUGGGCUUUAGGGUCCGUGGAAAUUCUUUUCAGUAGGCAUUGUCCUAUAUGGUAUGGAUACAGUGGACGGUUGAAGUGGCUGGAGAGAUUUGCAUAUGUCAACACCACCAUUUAUCCAGUCACAGCUAUUCCACUUCUUAUAUACUGCACACUUCCAGCUAUCUGUCUACUUACUGGGAAAUUCAUUAUCCCUCAGAUUAGCAACCUUGCUAGCAUCUGGUUUAUAUCCCUCUUUCUUUCCAUUUUUGCUACUGGUAUUCUGGAGAUGAGAUGGAGUGGUGUUGGAAUUGAUGAAUGGUGGAGAAAUGAACAGUUUUGGGUCAUUGGUGGUGUGUCAGCUCACUUGUUUGCUGUCUUUCAAGGACUGCUCAAAGUGCUUGCUGGUAUUGAUACCAACUUUACUGUUACAUCCAAGGCAUCAGAUGAAGAUGGGGACUUUGCAGAACUCUACAUGUUCAAAUGGACAACUCUGCUUAUACCCCCUACUACUCUCCUCAUUGUAAACCUGGUAGGAGUUGUGGCCGGCAUCUCAUACGCCAUCAACAGUGGUUACCAAUCAUGGGGUCCCCUCUUUGGUAAAUUAUUCUUUGCUUUCUGGGUGAUUGUUCACCUUUACCCCUUCCUCAAAGGUCUCAUGGGUCGUCAGAACCGGACACCCACUAUCGUGGUCGUGUGGUCUAUUCUUCUGGCUUCCAUUUUCUCUUUGUUAUGGGUGCGAAUUGAUCCCUUCACAACAAGAGUUACUGGGCCAGACGUUCAGGCAUGUGGUAUCAAUUGCUAGGAAGAAACUUGGGCAUGUGGUAUCAAUUGCUAGGAAGAAACUUGCAUGCAAGCAAAUAACUAGUCCGAAGGUCAUCGAAGUUCAAUGUAAUCAACCAUGCAAAAUGAGUUCAAGAUGCUCUAUAGCCAUGUGAUCUCAUGUUUUACAUCCAAACUUGGGUGUGCUUGUUUUUCGUCCCUGUGAAUUUUACUUUAUUUGUGCAGCAUUUAGCCAUGUAAAAGUUUCGCGUUGAUCCUAGAUCAAACAAAAGAAACCAAGAUCAUAAUUUGCUCCCUGUUAUAGCUUUUAUUCUGAGAUAGAAACUCUGCUUAUGUAUACGAAUUUCAUAUUGCUCCCGUUGAUGGAUGGCAAUGUUGUAACUUAUAGUGCCCAUAAUGUUCUAGUGGUAUUUAUUUAUUCAUUCAAAAUUUUGUGUUGCAACGCGAGGACUUCAAAGAUUAUUGUAUGGUAACAAUUAUUUGUUGUACUUUGUAUGGUAACAAUUAUUUGUUGUA